AUGUCUAGCCCGAUGCAAUCCUCCUUCAGCACGCCGAACGCCAGUUCGGCUCCUGCAGCCGCCCUUCCGCCAACCCAGCUCUCGUUUUCCUCUCCGCCGAGCUUACCUCCGCCCUCCACCUUCGACUUCCUCCCCCUGGUCCACCAGCUCCUCUCCCGCCUACCUCCCGCCGUCGCCUCAGCUUCGCUCACACCUUCUGGCUCCAGCAACGGCUCUUCAUCCUAUCCGGGCCAGCCGCCCAUCGAGAUACAUCAGCUGGGCGCUGAGGCAGGCGCCAUCAAGAGCCGCAUACAGAGAGCGCGGAAUGCGGUCAAGGCACUGCCGGAUAUCCAGAGAACUCUCCGGGAGCAGGAAGCUGAGAUUGCCUAUCUAGAGGACAGGAUACGACAGCUGCAAAACGUCUUUCCGAGUAGCAAGAGUACAAACGGCGUCGAGGGUCAUCCCUGA